UGCCCGGGGCCACGAAAGGGCUCCUGAGGGGGAGCUCCACGGCUGCCAGAGGAGCGCGGCCAUGCCGGAGCCCGCAGCUGUGAGGGAGGAAGAGGAGGAGGCGGCGGCGGCGGCGCGGGGGCCGCUGGGGGCGAUGGCGGCCGGGCGGGCCGUGUCCCCGCCCCGCGGCGCUCUCCCACACCCGCCCGCCCUCCGCCGCCGCUGCUGCCAUUGGGAGCCGAGCUGUGCCGAGCCCAGGCAGCCGCCGGUCCCGCUCCUCCGCCAUCGCCAUGAGCUUCUUGUUUGGCAGUCGCUCUUCCAAGACCUUCAAACCAAAGAAGAAUAUUCCUGAGGGGUCUCACCAGUACGAGCUGCUGAAACAUGCCGAGGCCACGCUGGGAAGCGGCAACCUGCGGAUGGCUGUGAUGCUUCCAGAGGGGGAGGACCUAAAUGAAUGGGUUGCAGUUAACACUGUCGACUUCUUCAACCAGAUCAACAUGCUCUACGGAACCAUUACGGACUUCUGCACGGAGGAGAGCUGCCCCGUGAUGUCUGCUGGCCCAAAGUACGAGUACCACUGGGCAGACGGCACCAACAUCAAGAAGCCCAUCAAGUGCUCGGCGCCGAAGUACAUCGAUUACCUGAUGACCUGGGUCCAGGACCAGCUGGAUGAUGAAACGCUGUUUCCUUCUAAAAUAGGUGUACCAUUCCCAAAGAACUUCAUGUCAGUGGCCAAGACAAUUCUCAAGCGUCUCUUCAGAGUUUACGCCCACAUCUACCACCAGCACUUUGACCCCGUCAUCCAGCUGCAGGAAGAGGCACACCUCAACACUUCUUUCAAGCACUUUAUAUUUUUUGUUCAGGAAUUCAACCUUAUUGAUAGAAGAGAACUUGCACCACUUCAAGAACUGAUUGAAAAACUCACCUCCAAGGACAGAUAAAAGGAAGAGGACUUCUUGGAGUCACUUGUUUCUUUAAGCGAGUGUGUGGUAUUUGUUUUUUGUUAAUUUUUUUUUUUUUUAAAAACAACAAAACAAAACCCCCCCGUGCUGUUACCGGUUACAGCUGAGAUCUACUUUCUGUGCUUUUAUUAGGGGAAAUCUUUUUCUCUGUUAGUGACAUGUGGUGAAUAGCUUUUUUUUUAUUAAUAUUAUUUUACUGUUGUUAUUCAUUGUGGAAUUUCUAGCAGGUGCUGAGUGUUUAUCAAGGAAACGUGCUUGGUUGGGGGAUUGACUCUGCUGGUGGAUGGGUUCUUGUGUUGUGUCAGUGGUAGCCCAUUCUCAUGAAGUCCCUGGAAGACUUGCUUACAUUCUCUAAGUGCCUUGGCAGACUCACUUCUGAGGUGCAAAGCACAUACAAUACUGAACAUUGCUGGAAACAGAAAAUAUGUACUAACACCCAGACACUUACUGAAACUUGUUUUAAAAAUAUGUAUCUAUGCUUACACUAGGAAAAAAAAAAAGCCAUAACUUGCUGAAAUCAAUGAUCUCCAGCUUUUAAUACAAAUACUUGUCUUAUUUUUUUAGAGAUGACUAUAGAGUUUUUCAAAACUAGAUGACUUCUUAUGAAAAAAAAACAAAGUCCUUGCUAAAGCGAAAUGGCCAAGGUAGUGUCAAAAUUACACAGGCCUUGUGCUUAGCAAGCAGUUCCAUGCCUCCUGCCAUGGGGCUUGGCAUUUGCUUUUAUUUUCUUAGCAGGAGAGCAUCAGUUGGGUCAGCCAGCUUGUUAAGUUCCCCUAGCAGUUGCCAAAUGAACAGGUAGUUUGCACAAAUACCAUUAGGGAAAAUAUUCCCUAGAAAAAAAUUGCACUGGGAUACUAGUAGUAAUAGUAAGGAAAGCCUGGCUUGAAAAAUAACUGCUGGAAAGGUGUUUUUAAGUUAGGAAUGCAAAGCCUGGCCCUGAGGGGCUCUGGCGGCCAGUGUUUGCUGUGGGAGGAAAUGUGUCUUGGAGGGGAGAUAAUUUCCAGGGCUGCUUUGGUGUCACGUCGCUGUGAUGGUGUUCCCCAUUGUUUAAAACCCCUGCCCAUCUUCAGGGAGCUCCAGCUGUUGGGAAAAGCAGCAGGAGCAGGGGAGGCCAAGGUGAGCACGUGGCAGAGAAGUUGAGCUUCUGUUUUGUGUGCCUUGGCUGGAGUAAAGUUGGAGCUGGCGUGCAGGAGCCUGCAGGAGAGGUGAGUGGCCAUUGGCACGGGCAGCAGGGAACAGCUGAGCACAGCAGUGACUCACCUGGCAGCUCCUGGGCUCCAGUGAGGGAUCCUGAUCUUCUGGCUUUUCCUGUGCCACCAUCCGCAUGACAGCGCCAAAGCCACCCUCCUCCCACAUCCCAGCUGCUCGGGUUGGACACACAGGGAGCGAGGCAGGAGCUCCCAGGUGUGCUAAACAGGGGAUACCUCCCAUUUCAGGGUGACUCCUUGGCUUGGUGUCAUGUGCCAGGAGCAGCAGAAAGGAUAGAGGUGUAGAAAUGAGGAUGUGCUUGAGCACGGUGGUGCAGGGGUUCACCUUCCUGGCACGCUUGUGCCCUGGGGAGGGCUUAGGUCUUGUUGUUGGUGUUGCAGUUUUUUUCUUUUGAGCAGCCAGUUCUAGACCUCAGAGGCAUCUGCUGCAGUUCAGCCCAUUAGAAUUGGAAUGUAUUAAAAUGAGUCCUAGGUGGAUAUUGUGGGGUUUUUUUAAAAUUCAAUAUCUGGCAGUAGAAAGUCUGACCGAAUAGUUUCUAGGCACGUAAUAAAAGCUUGGAGAUCAUGAUUUGCCUGACAGCUGUACGAACACAUUGUUUAAUUACACAACACUUGAAAAUAACAUCAUUGAGGACGUGUUUGCAGUGGUGGGGACUUAGGAUCCCCGUGCUGUUUCUUUUUGCAGCUUUUCAUUGUUGUUUUGCUUCUGAAAGCUGUGGGACCAGAAGUUGACGUGUGUUUACACUAUUGGAGUAAGGGCACAUGGAAAUGCCACUCAAAGGAAUCUGGAUCGAGUGAAUGUGUUUAUAAAAUAGUGCAUUUAUGGGAGGAAAAGGGGGGGACAUCCCCUGCCCCUCCAGAUAAACCCCAGAGAAGCAAACCCUGCUCUGCUGCAGGCUCUCACUUUGGACUUGGAGGGGUGACGAGCUCUCGGGGAUGAAACCUCAGAAGGUGCCCAUGGGGUUGAACCAGGCUGUGCUUCCAGUGCUGCCUCAGGCCCUCCAGCCUGGGGGGGGUCCCAAAUUCCUGUGGUUUGUGGUGGUCUGCUGCUACCAGCACGUCGGAUCUUGUCGGGGCUUUGGGUGGUGACUCCUCCCUGGAGCUGGGAAGGGGCCAAGGGCCGAGCCCACGCAGCUCAGCCAGGGGUGGAUGGAUAUGGGAUGUGCUUCCAAGUCUUUCCAGUCCCAGGCAGGGAUACAAGUCACUCCAGCAAAGAGGAACCAAACCACUGCCUUCUGCUGCUGCAGGUGGCUGAGGGGACAAAACAGGUUCUGAGGGGCAGGCAGCCCAUCUGCAAGUAUCCAGUUUCUUUUCCUGCUUACUAUGCAAUGUAGAGCUUUGAACUUUUGCUUUUCCAUGGAGAUGGAGAGGAGCAGUGCCCUUACUCAGUCCUUGGGAACUGAGCCCUCUCCCAGUGUCCCUGACGCUCAGUUACCAGGUAAGGACACCUAUUUGCUGCUAUGGACUCAACUUACCUUUCAGAUUGUUCCUUUCUUUUUCUCACCCCCCUUCCUUUCUCCCGGGUCACCAGACAGUUUUGCUAUAAACCCAUCCUUUGGGACAGCUGUGUUUUUCCUUGCUGCCCUCUCCUCCUCCCCUGCCUGCCAGAGUGCUGUUCCUGUACAUACCCCCCCUUUGGUUGGAUUAGCUGAGGAGCUGCAGCACCAGCAGAGAUUCCUUUUUUUUUUUUCCCCACUGAAGUAUUCCCGUUUGUGCCGGAUCUCGUUUCCUUCACUGCUGGUAGCAGUUAUCUCUUUUCCAAUCCCUCACUCCUGAAACCACUGGCAGUUUUAUGGAUGCCCAUCGUUUUUCCCUGGGUAUCUUCUCUUUUAACAUUUAUUGAUUUUCAGUGUUAAACCUUCUUCUUCCCCCGCUUUUCUUAUGGUUUCCUCUUGCCAGGUUCAGUUUGCAGCCUAGGAAAAUAUCCAAUUACCUUAUUUUGUUGGAAGAAGCGAUUCCCCAGAUUGUUCAUAGAAUAUUGUAUUUUUAGGGGAGAUUAAUUUUUUAUAGCCACUGAACUAUACUCAUUAUUUUUGUACGUUUGCAACUUGGGGACGAUUUUUCCGAGCCGUGUCGCGGAGGGAGGGAGCGCUGACUGUCGUGGCUGUUGGACUGCUUGGGAAUGCUGUGGUUGUGUGGUGCAGAGGCACAUGCCCUGGCGUGCCCUGGGAGAGAGAGGAGCAUGCAAUAAAAAGGUUUCAGUGAAAACCCAAUGAGGUUUGAGUAAAAAUGAUCGAGGCUUCAGUAAAAGGCCAUUUUUGAAGGCAAAAAAAAGGAGAGAAAUUAAUUCCGAAAGCGACACUAACCUUUCCUCCUCCUUGAGAAUCCUGAAAUUGGUGGGACAAAAGGCAGCGUGACGUGUAAAAUGCAAGGAGAGAACCCUUACUGUGAGCUAACUGUGCCAAUACCGCUUCAGUUCGUAGUCACUGAUGGAGAUUCCAGUUCUAAAUGCAAACAGCUUUUGAUUAAAAAAGAAUAAGUUGAAUGUCCGAAAACCCGCACCGUGUUUAUUUGAGAGUUGUAAAUAAUGUAUACAGAUGGUUGUAUGUGAUGGGGCAAAAUAUUUAAAUCCUAGGGUUGUUUUUUUUUUUUUUUUCAAUAAGAAACUGAAGGCUGUUUAUAAGAGAAAAUAAAUAGCUAUGUUUGACCA